AUGAAGGAUACGAGAGCAAAAGAAAAGAAAACAUUCAAGACGAAACGUGAUAAUUACGCAAGGAAGCUGAAGAAAAAGAAACUAAUCAACUAUUUAGGAAACGAAUUACGGAGUUGUAGUACGCAUGGUCUGCCCUAUAUUGUUGAAAAGAAUACACAUUGGUUUGAAACGGCUUUCUGGACGACCAGCUUCGUGUGCUGCCUUGGUUUAGCAUCAUCAUUGCUCUUAACUCAAUAUACUAGAUAUGUCAAUACUCCCAUAGUUAUGAGCGUAGAAAAGGACUAUUUCAAUUGGAAUAUUUCAUAUCCAGCCAUAACAUUAUGUCCAUUGGAAAAAAUAGACGAAGAUGAUUUAAAUACAUUGGUCAACGAAACCCUGGAUUCUGUUGGAGUGGAUAUAAAUUUACAAUUAAGAACAAUCGCUUCGAUAUCUUUAGAGACAAUUGAUUUCUUAAGCGCACAAUUUACAAACACAUCUGAGAAAAUCAUAUACCCAAAAGAUUAUAUGGAAAUAAUAACUGCUAUAGGUAAAAAAAUAAAUAAUAACUCGAUAAACACGAACACUAACUGGCCUAUAUCAGUAGAAUCAUCCAUGACAGAAAUGGGAAUGUGCCACGUCAUCAACUCUAAUGUUGCUAUAUUCGAUAACCCUGACUUGCGAAGAAACGACGACAUAAAAUAUGUUAAAAAAAACAUUGAUCUCUCAAUUUACGACAGAGAUUUUUUCUCCCAAAUUUCAAAUUACGCUGACGUUUACAAGGUUUAUAUUCACCACCCUAACGAGAUAGUAUUAAGUACUACGCCAUCAUACACUAUAAACCUCGAAGGCUUUACAUAUUUAGGGGUACAAGUGCGGAGUACCCGCGCAUCCAACAAACUGCGAAAUAUACCCCUAACAUAUCGAAAUUGCAGAUUUUUAGAUGAACCAAUAAGCAAAAGAUAUCCUAUAUAUUCCUAUAAUCACUGUAUAUUAGAGUGCAGAAUUCAAAUGAUAUUGAAACUAUGCAACUGUUUGCCUCAUUUCUAUAAAUAUAUGAUACUUACAUGCCUAUUUUCUCUUCCAUGUACAGACUACGAAAAAAUAUGUGAUCUCUAUGAACUCAAAUGUAUUAUACUAUAUAAAAUGGAAAUCAUUAAAUUAUCUACUUCCGAAAAUACUUGGAAUAAAUUUGUAAAUAAACAGGGACUUCCAAGAUCACCCCGCGACUGCGGCUGUGUCGAUAGUUGUGAAAAAGAUGUUUAUCUCAAAGAACAGGAAAUCUACAUAAGUCAAGGUGACAAAAGAUUAAGAAUUGGUGUAUCUUCUUUUCCGAAAGUCAGAGUUGUGAGGGAAAUCAUAUUCAGCGUAUACGAUAUGAUCUUGAGGAGUGGCGGUGUCAUAAAUCUGUGUUUAGGAACAUCUAUAAUUUCCUUAAUGGAACUAUUAAUAAUAGCAAUAAAAUUACUUUGUCUUUUAGUAAUACAGCACAUUAAAUGUAUAAUUAAUUAGAU